AUGACGGCGACCAUAAUUCCAAACAUGCUGAUAGCAAGUUCGACGGAUUUAUACGUGACAAGAUAUGAUAACUCUACCUAUACUAACGGUAGUUCCAUCACGUCUGCUCCAGCUAACUGUCUGACGUCAUUCUGUAUCCCGAUGACGGUUGCCAUUAGUGUCAUCGCUGUUUGUGGUAUUGUCACCAACUUCAUUGUCAUUUUGGUUAUAACCAAGGACUCGCGUCUUCGUCGGCCGACAUUUACGGCCAUAGUCGCCCUGUCUAUAUCCGACUUCACGUUCCUCCUGUUCCGGUAUAUCCGGUAUGUGAUAACGGGUUACUUUCGGGACGUUAUAUCCCUCCAUGUGAUGAAGAAUAUUAAGUUUGUAUGCGAUCUGGUUGGUUUGACGGCGGGAGGAUCCUCUAUCAUUCAUGUUAUACUCUUAUCGAUUCUUCGUUACUAUAUUGUGGUUCACCCCUUAAAGAGUCACAUCGCCAUUACAAACAGGAGGAUUAUGUUGGUGUCGCUGGGUGUGUGGGUGUUCAGUGGGCUAAACGGCUGGUUUUAUCUGUACGCCGUCAUUAUAAACCGACAGAACGACCUACAGAUGUCAAAGGUCACCAAUAUCGUUGUAACCUUGGUGAUGUCCAUUUUACCGCUCGUUAUCAUCUUAUUUUUCCACGUCCUCAAGGCCAGAAAACUCAAAGAUUCUAUCGCCGCAUGCAAACUAAAUGCCACAAAACAAAUGUCGCAGAUUGUCACGUUUGUUAUCGUCACAUACAUCGUUACGACAACUCCUGUCAAUACCAGAGACAUAUUGUUGAUAUCAUGGGGGGAUUCCAAGGAAACGUGGAUGAUGGUGUUUGGCCAGAUUGGGCGUUUGUUGUUAUUCCUAAACUACGCAAUCAACCCGUUCAUCUACUUUGUCCAUUCUCCACAGUUCAGGAAGAAAAUUUGGUGUUGUAGCCGGAGACGUACCACGCAUUACGUGUCAACAGAUCGGACACUUCGGUCAAUGUCAUCAAACUCGCGCGUCACUGAGGCGGUCAGUCUCUCACCAGAAAGUACUCACUUGUAA